UGCGCGUUGAGUUCGGCCUGACGCCGCUUCUCCACCAUGAAUAUCAAUCGAGAGGAGCGGCAGCAAAUGCGGCAGCGCGGAGCAGCGUCACGUAAGACGAAAGAGAUCAACUUUGGUUUUUCGUUUGGGCUAGCUCCGCCGCCGGACGAAGCUACAGAUUCCGCGUCGCGCCCGGCCGAUGCUGGUGAGCCUUCUGCCUCACUUCCGCCGCCGCCGCCGCCAACAACAACAACAACAACAACAACGACGACGACGACGACAGCAGCACCGCCAAUCACUAUAGAAAGUACAAGUAUCGCGGAUGAAGCCACGCAGAUUGGCUUGCCGCGUACGGCUGAGCCUUCGACCUCCCAGGACCAAGAACCCGCUCGACGGAUCUCAGGAAGCGCGCGCACCAGAUCCUCGCCCAGACUGUCUUCGCCUAGGAGUCCGUCGGAUGAUGCGACGCAAGCCGGUCCAAGUCGCAAGAUUAGAAAACUUGAUCACCCUAGGAGCUCCCCUACGAGUUCAGUUGCUGCGCGCAGUGCUGAGAACCUCCUUUCUCUCGCCAAUGGGAUUGCCCCGAUUGAUCCAGCUCAAACCGCCGAGGAAUCAGCUGUUGCGACUAAGCUUACUCCUGAACCUGUUCCGACCCCUCCUUCUGAAGCCCCGAUCGAGAAACCAGCAUCACCGAUUGCGCCGGUAGCAGCCUUUAUAACGCCCAAUGACCUUGCGUCUUCGCCGGCUCUCCAGGAACCAGAGUCAGCGACAGUGGCUACAGAGAAGCUGUCCCCGAGGUCUAAGUCAGCAUCACCCAAAUCGAACGGGACACCCUCACCACCAGGUAAGAAGGCAAGAGGCAAGCGCAAGAGACAAGGCUCUCAGGAAAGCAAACGAUCGUCGCCUACGACAACCAGUCCGAAGACGAGGGAUGCGCAGAUCGAACCACCAGCCGAGCCUAUGGAUACAUCGUUGGAUGUACAACCUGUAACUACAAAAUCAGCAACGACAGCUGUGCCAGAUACUGUUGAACCACCAAACGACACAAUCCUUCCAGUUCUUCCUGAGUCGACCGAACCCGUCAAGCCCCAAGCCGUCACCGAGCCCCAAUCGACUGCCCAACCCCAAGAAACGAUUCGAUCCCACGCGGCCACCGAACCUCAACCGACUACGAAACAGUCGAGACUACCCGUUCCUUCGCGAACUAAGCGGUCACGAGGCGAACGAGCUGCAUCCGUCCAACCAUCUACGACCACGGUCAAGGAGCCCCGAGUGGCGAGAGCAGGCUCCGCGGAGAGCACGCCAGUUGGAGCAAAGGGAAAUAAGAGGAUCCGGACCCGGAUUGAUGGGGUCUCUGAGCGGGCAAAUGAUGCUUCCAUCACCAAUGGGAAGCCAGAGGGUCAAGAUAUGGAGCUAGAUGCUCCGCAAGGAGCAGAGGUGAGUGCUGCGGAGCGAGAGGGGGCCCGCAGAGGACGUCCGCAACAGUUGGAGGCCGCAGAACUGAGAACGAAGCGCGCUGGUCGCCCCGGGAGAAAGGUUUCACCCUCUCUCCAGGACGUGGUCGAGGAGGAGGAAGCCCCAGUUGAGGACGCACAGAAGGAGGUGCAGCAGCUGGAAGAGUCGGCAUCACAGCCCAUGUCGAGAGGACGGAGACCCAAGGCAUCUGAGCCGCAGCCGAUGGAGCCAGAGCCGGAGCCACAGGAGCAGGCCCUACCAUCGGAGGCACAGCCGAAGCGCAAGGGACGACGACCCAAACAAGCAGAGCCGGAGCAAGCGGAACCUACACCAGAGCCGCAGGAUCAGGAAGCAGAGCCGGAGACAGCAUCUCGCUCAAAGCCCAGAGGACGGAGAGCCAAGCCAACGGAGCCGCUACCAGAGGCAACAGCAACGGCGCCAGAACCAGCAGUGCCUGAAUCAAGGCACAGAGGGCGAAGAGCGAAGACCGCUGAGCCAGAGCCGGUAGAGCCAGAGCCGGUAGAGCCAGAGCCGGUAGAGCCAGAGCCGGUAGAGCCAGAGCCAGUGAUUCCUGAAUCGAAACGCAGGGGGCGCAGAGCAAGGAUUGCGGAACCAGAGGUUCCACAACCAGAGACAAAACCGGCGGAACAAGCACCGGAAGAGCCAGAGCCAAGGUCAAGAGGGCGGAGGGCACGGACAGCUGAGCCGGAGGCAGCACAAGCGGAGCCCGUCCCGGCAGAUCAACAGCCAGCUGAGGCAGAGCCCAGGCGCAGAGGGCGCAAAGCACGGACAGCUGAGCCGGUUGAAGCACAACCACAGCCAGAGCCAGAGCCGGCCACGCAAGAACCGGUUGAGACAGCGCCGAAGCCCAGAGGGCGGAAAGCAAGAGGAGCCAAGUCGACACCGCCGAAGCCAGCAGAAGCUGUUCCGGAACCUGAUGUGGUCGAACCCGAGGGUGCACUGCCAGAACCAGAACUGGAGCCUUCGCAGGAACCCGCAGAACCCCGAUCUCGUAAGCGUGGUCGUGGCGGCAGGCAGGCAGAAGAGAGUGUCGGGGUUAGCGCGACAUGCGAGGCGGACAACGUCGCAGCAGAAGGCGCGGGCAGCGCAGAGCCUCGGACGCGGAGACGCAAGCCCAGACAACCUCGCGGAGAGACCGUGCCGGUGACUGUGCAUCGUCUUGCCAACGUUGCUGCUCUCGGGGGCGAUCCCACACUGCUGGAGUCGUCGGAUGACGAGGGCGAGACCGCUGAGGCGUCGUCCGACCGGCAGCAGGCCAAGCUGCCCAGCCGCGGCGGCGUGAAUGUGGCCGACGUACUGGGCCAAAUCUGCCGCGAGACCUUGGAAAAGACACUAACGACGCUGACUAACGGCAUCGACGGUGAAGGGAACGCCGCGCGGCGCGCCGAAUGGACGCGCAAGAAGAAGGUGGUCGAGGCGUACGGCAGCGAACUGGAGGGCCGACUGCUCGAGCUGAGCGAGAUACUGGACGGCAACUUCGUGCUUGGGGUCAAGAUGCGGAAGGCCAAGCGCGAGAUGAUGGAGUAUCGGAGUCGACUGUACCAGGUGCGCAAGGAGAGAGAGGCGGUUGCGCUGCAGAUGGACGCCGUCCGGCGAAAACAUGCCGAAGAUGAGUCUGCACGAAAGGCGCGAUCGACCAUCAACAACUCCCUCCACAGCCUUGACCUCGCCCUUGAGCGUCGUCAGACCCACCCGGCCGACCCUGAUGAGACCAGUGAUCUGGCGGGGAUGGAGUUCCUGCUUCGCAACGUUGCGGAGACGGUCAGUUCCGCCGCCCCCGGCGGCCAGGGCGGGCUGUUGCAUCAACUUCGCUCCUUCAACGCCCAGCUCGAAUCUACGGCACGGAGGCUGGAGAGUUGAGCGUUGAGCUUCUUCCUCUCGACCUUGGUUGCAUCCAUUCCGUUGGGGUUGAGACCUUUAUCAUCCGACUUCUUUUUCAUUGCCCUCCCUGUCUUGCUCGUCUUGCUCUUUUUCUUGAUCCCGAAUACCCACAUCACAUGAACACUGCGACAGGAG